UUCUAAACCGGUCAAUUGUAUGCUCUGAUCCGGUUUGGGUUAAAUUAAAAAACCUUUUCUUUUGUAAAAAGAGAUUCUUAAGACAAAAGGCAAUCUGAAACACAAAGUGAUGAUGCAAUAGAAUUACAUUCUUUGAAGAUCAGUUCUCUCUUUUGUCAGGUAUCGAAACUUUCGGAUCAUGCAAUGACUCUACUCUCUAUUGGAAUUUGCUUCCUAAGUUUUUGUUAAUCACUCUGUCUCUGUGUGUACUCGUGUCGCUGAACCUUAGUUUCAUCCAUCUCUGCACGAUGAUUUGAGAUAUUGUAAACAACAAAAAAAAUCAAGUCUUUGUGAUGUUCAAUUCUAAAGAUCGAGUCUUUUGUGAUGUUGGAUUCUAUAAAAGCGUAGCAGAGAUGGAACAAGGUGACGGAGAAGUCAAAAAGAGAGUUGCUUUUGUCCUGAUCGAUGGUUUGGGAGAUGUGUCAAUACCGAGGUUAGGCUACAAGACUCCUCUACAAGCAGCAAACAUACCAAAUCUCGACGCAAUCGCAUCAGCUGGAAUCAACGGUCUAAUGGAUCCAGUGGAAGUUGGAUUGGGAUGCGGUAGUGACACUGCUCACCUCUCUCUGAUGGGUUAUGACCCCAGAGUGUACUACAGAGGACGCGGCGCGUUUGAGUCAAUGGGUGCAGGGUUAGCAAUGUCACCAGGUGAUAUAGCUUUCAAGUCUAAUUUCGCGACGUUGGAUGAGGAAACUGGAGUUGUUGUUAGUCGAAGAGCUGACCGGCAUUUCGAAGAAGAAGGGCCUAUACUUUGUGCGGCUCUUGAUGGAAUGAAGCUUCCUUCUUUCCCUGAGUAUGAAGUGAGAGUCAGAUAUGCAACGGAACAUAGAUGUGGAGUGGUUGUAAAAGGGCCAAAGCUCAGUGGGAACAUCUCAGGAACAGACCCUUUGAAGGAUAACCGUCUGCUUCUCCAAGCUAAACCUUUAGAUGAAUCAGAAGAAGCUAACCACACAGCUAACGUCGUCAACGAACUGUCCAAGGAGAUAUCACGCAUUCUUGUCUCCCACCCUGUUAACGCAAAGAGGCUUGCACAAGGCAAGAACAUAGCUAACCUCGUCCUUCUAAGAGGCUGUGGCAUUCGAAUUGAGGUUCCUCCUUUUGAAGAGAAGCAUGGUUUGUUUCCCUGUAUGGUAGCACCAACAAAGAUUAUAGCAGGACUCGGUAUGUCCCUCGGUAUCGACAUUCUAGAAGCUCCAGGAGCCACUGGUGAUUACAGGACGCUUCUCACAUCGAAAGCAGUUGCUAUAGCCAAUGCACUCUCAGCUCCUUUGAGCCCCUGUCCCAAUGUCUUUGUCCCGGGAGAGGACGGGCAUAAACCGGGAAGGUCAGGUGGUUAUGACUUCGGCUUCCUUCACAUAAAGGCUAUAGAUGAUGCGGGUCAUGAUAAGGCGACGAUGUUCAAAGUCAAAGGCUUGGAGGCUGUUGAUAAGGCCAUACGCCAGCUCGCUAAGCUUCUAUGGCAAGCUGAGUCUUGUAAUAAUUACCAGUACUUCUUGUGUGUGACCGGUGAUCAUUCUACUCCGGUUGAGUACGGAGACCACAGCUUCGAGCCGGUUCCGUUCACUAUGUGCCGGUUGAGAGAGUUUGUGAGUGCGGUUGGAGGAGAAUCAGCGCUGUUGGAGACGUCUUUGGAGCCUUUUCCACUUCCAACGGUUGUGGAGUGUGGCGAAGGUGUCGUUGGAAAAGAGGAAGACGGUGGGAGGAAGGAGGCUGCGAUAGCUAUUGGUGGUGAUUCAGUUGCGGAGUUGAGUGAGAUUGCAGCUGCAAGAGGGUGUCUUGGUCGUUUCCAUGGUGGUGAAAUGAUGGGAGUCAUCACUAAGUUUCUUAAGGUUGAGGUAUGAGUUUCCUAAACUUUGCAUGUUUGUUUGAGAAUUUGAAUAUUGGAAGUGUAAUAAAAUGAUGAAAAGAUACAAAGAAUAAUGUUUACUAAUCUUUUUACCAA